UAUUAUGGAGUCUGCUAACGUCGGAUCGUGCAUGUGUUCGUGUCUACCGCACCGUUGUAAAAAUGGGACGUUUUCUCGUUUAUUUUCAAUACAUUGGAACAAGAUAUAGGGGUGUUGUUAGAACAACUGGUCAUUCAGCUGCUGGAGAAAGGUGUAUUGGUGUCCAAAAUGUACUUGAAGAGGCAUUGGACGAGCUGAGACCGGUAGAUCCUGUUCGUCUUCAUGUUUCCAGCAGAACAGACUCCGGAGUCCAUGCCUUGUGUAAUACAGCUCAUUUUGACAUGGUCUUCAGGUCCAAGAGAACCGGUGAACCUCGGGAUAUACCUCCAGAAAGCAUCACAGCGGCCGUCAACAAGAAACUACAGCGUCAGGAUAUCAGAAUCAACAAGACUGUGAGAGUUCCAGACAACUUUCACAGCCAACAUCUUGCCAUGCGUAGAACAUACCUCUAUCGCCUUGCCUUGGGAUGUAGACAGAUUCAUCUGCCUGUCUUUGAAAAGGACAGGUGCUGGGCCAUCGAACAAGGGCUUGACAUCCCAUUGAUGGAGGAAGCAUCCGAGAGAUUUCUUGGUACCCAUGAUUUCACCGCCUUCAGGAGUACCAGCGUAGGUGACGACAAGAAAUCCCCCAUCAAGACCAUCAAUACGAUUGACUUCAGGACAACACAUGGAUUCCUUGAUCAUCACUGUAACGAGAAAGCUCGGUUAGAAUUUCUCGAGGUCACCUUUCAGAGUAGAUCUUUCUUAUACAGACAGAUUCGUCGAAUGACAGGAGCAUUAGUCGCAGUUGGUCUUGGUCGUAUAUCGCCCUCUGACAUCACAACCAUGUUGCAGUCAUGUGAUAACAGUCACAUGCAUGGUACUACAAUGGCUCCUGCUCAUGGCUUGUAUCUCAAAGAAGUGCUGUACAAUGACAAUGAUCUGAUAUUUGAAAAUAACCCAUCUGAACCUAGCGAAGAUACAUCCAUUACCUGAAGAAAGUUAUUGACAGUUUACCCACGAUAUCACCGACGUUCUACCGACUGCAAGAUGAAGGAUUGAUAGGUACACUCUUGUUUCAUCAAUAACCACUUGUUCUAACAGUGAAUUGAACUCUGCAUGGUCUAACAUCAUUUUGCUAACAACCAGGGCCUCAUUGUGUUAAAGGUAACAUUAUGGUAACUGUGUCAUCCAUUGAUAACUUUCAAUUGAAUCUUUAAUUUUGAUCGACUGUAGAGAAUCUUCACCAUGGAAGCUACCAAUGAUGGCAAACUUAUUAUAAUGGUAUCCUUUAUGUGACUGGAUCCAGUUCAUCAUUAUUCUAUUAUUCAGUUCAAUUAUACAGUUCAAGUAGUUGAUUUUUUUUGGUUGGCGUAAUAUUUGGUUUAAUAUCCAAUUUUGGUAAUCCUUUCAGUUUAACAUACUUGAGCUGAUUUCUCAGCUCAAGACUAUGAUGAAAAGAAUAAUAAGACCAGAUAAAUGUGGUGAUAGUUAGCCCAAGUGGCCUUUUUUAGAUCUUCUGACAAUUGUAAAGUUGGAACCAUAAUGGGUUAAGCCUGAAUGCAGAUAACGGCAAUAGCCCAUCUUGAAGAAGACCAAUCAGUGGGUGUGUGUCUUUGUGCAUUUAGCUUGUACACCUGUGUUUCAAUCUUGUAUGAUUACCUACGCUUGGUACCGACCUUGAAUAUCGCCAUGCAAAGGACAUGGUCAUGGCUCAAACCUUGAACAUCUGCAUCAGUUCGGAACUUCCUCCUUGUAGCUUGGAUUACAGGCAAUAUCACAACACCUUUAUAUCACUUUUAAACUGAUGGGGCAUUGCACUGAAAAACUUGCGAUCAAUUGCAAGUCUAUUCUUGGUCCCUAAAUGAAUCAGAUGUUUAGUAACUGCUUAAAAAUUUGUGAUUGAUUGCCAAUCUGUUUCUUGAAACGAGAAGUGCAAUUUGACUUGCUACAGCAGAAUUUAAUGUAUCAAUUGUAAAAUUACAGCAGAGCUUAAGAUUUGCAAUUGAUUGCAAAUAUUUUCUUGCAACACCCCUUAAGUGUAUAUAAGACUAAGACAAUUCUUGGAUCAUCUCACAGUAUUUGUUGUUGAAGAGUGAAGCAGGGUCGAGCUUGGAUUCUAGGUGAUGCCACAAUGCCAAGCCAGUUUUAGACAAAGUGUAUAAGGCCAAUCCAAUUCUUAGAUCAUGUCACAGUGUUUGUUGAAGAAGUGUGAAGCAUAUAUCAGGGUCUAGCUACUCAAUGGCUUGCGAGCAACUCAGAGACUCGAAA